AGGUGAAAUCAGAUGCUACUGUGAUGCUGCACACUGUGUUGCAACCGGCUAUAUGUGCAAAUCUGAGCUUAGCGCCUGCUUCUCCAGACUGCUUGAUCCUCAGAAUACACAUUCCCCACUUACUCAUGGCUGCUUGGACUCUAUUGCAAGCACAGCUGAGAUCUGCCAAGCCAAACAAGCACAAAACCACUCUGCCACCACCACCAUGUCCACAUUGGAAUGCUGUCAUGAAGAUAUGUGCAAUUACAGAGGACUGCACGAUGUUUUGUCUCCGUCCAGAGGCGAUGCUUCAGGACAAGGGAGCAGAUAUCAACACGACAGCAGCAGGAAUCUCAUCACCAAGGUGCAAGAAUUGACUUCUUCAAAAGAGUUAUGGUUCAGGGCAGCUGUAAUUGCUGUUCCAAUAGCUGGUGGGCUAAUCUUGGUGCUCCUUAUCAUGCUGGCCUUGAGGAUGCUCAGGAGUGAAAACAAGAGACUGCAGGAUCAGCGACAGCAAAUGCUCUCUCGUUUGCACUACAGUUUUCAUGGACAUCAUUCGAAAAAAGGGCAGGUGGCAAAAUUGGACUUGGAAUGCAUGGUGCCUGUGACUGGUCACGAGAACUGCUGCAUGACCUGUGAUAAAAUGAGACAUUCAGACCUCAGCAAUGAUAAAAUUCUUUCCCUGGUCCACUGGGGAAUGUACAGCGGACAUGGGAAGCUGGAAUUUGUAUGACCAAUUAUUUUUUAAUCUGGGCUAAACUUACUCUCUGAACUCUUGAAGGCCUUUGGGUUCUGCUGGACAGGAGCACUUUAUCUUAAAACAAAAACUCUCAUAAAUCAUCUUUGAGAAACAAAGGACCUCUGCAAACAGAAUCUUGGAUAUUUCUUCUGAAGGAUUCCAAAAGUUGUCUUAUUUGCACAGAGUAAAAUACACUCAAAUGUAUCGUUUGCUUCAGAGUUGUGAAAGCAAAAGUUAGAAGUUGUAAACACUGUCACCAGGGUUAUCUGAACUGUAGGGAGCUGAGAACUGAUUUAUUAUAAUAAACUGUAUGCAAGCUCCUGUGUUUCCUGACUUAUUGUAAAGAUUUUUUUAAAAUAUAUAUAUUUUGUCUGAAA